GCUAGGUAAGACUUUUACCUGGACCAUCGUACUGAGUUCUUGAAAAUGACUCCAAUUAUGUGGACUUCUUUUCAACUUCCCAUUUCAAAUUGCACCCUCAGACCCAUCUCAUUUGCUGCUCAGACUAGAACACUUCGAGAGAAAACAAGCAAAGAUGACAAGAGUUUGGUUCCGUUCAGAGAGAAGAGCACUGCCGUGGCGACCAAAGCAGAUGCUGUCCCUAGCAAUAAGGCAGAUUACGUCAUCACUAAACUUGAUGAUCUGGUGAACUGGGCUCGAAGGAGUUCCCUCUGGCCCAUGACCUUUGGUCUGGCGUGCUGUGCAGUGGAGAUGAUGCACAUGGCUGCUCCCAGGUACGACAUGGACCGCUUUGGGGUGGUAUUCAGGGCCAGUCCUCGACAAGCUGAUGUUAUGAUUGUGGCCGGGACCCUGACCAAUAAAAUGGCACCUGCUCUUCGCAAGGUCUAUGAUCAGAUGCCAGAGCCUCGAUAUGUCAUAUCCAUGGGAAGUUGUGCAAAUGGUGGAGGCUACUACCACUACUCAUAUUCUGUGGUGAGAGGCUGUGACCGCAUCGUUCCGGUGGAUAUAUAUGUGCCAGGCUGUCCCCCAACUGCUGAGGCCUUGCUGUAUGGUACUUUGCAGCUGCAGAGGAAGAUCAAACGUGAGAAGAAACUUUCGAUCUGGUAUCGCAAAUGAGCUAUGGUUGAGGUUUCUUGUGGUUAUGGAAUGUUAAACUGUAAGUCCAUGACUGCGAAUGUAUGAUGCAUCAUUGAUGAUGAUUGUAGUCAUCAGUCUUUUGAGAUGAGGAUGGACGAUUUCUCACAGGAGUUGCUCUGGUUGAGU